AUGGGUUCAGCACUUGAACCAAUUGUGCUGUCCGACUCUGAAGAUGAAGGCCCACACAGGAGAAAAGGCACGAAUCAAUCUGGCUACCUGCAUCAGAUAGCCAAUGCAGAUGAACGGCAGGCCUCAUAUCUGAGGCAGCAACUCAAGCCUUCACAGAAACCCUUCGAUUUCUCGAGGACACAAUCGCUAGGUUUACCACCAUUCAGCCGUGGCAUCCGGGUACCUGGCCGUAUCGCAUCAACAAUCAAUACACCAAGAACAGAAGUGGCCACUGGCCCUCAAACAUUGUCUUUAAACAGUCCAAGUAGUAUUACACCCGCAACACAGCGGAGAGUGCCCUUAUCAAAUGGUGAGAUCACCAUGAAAAGUAUGAGUCGAACAUCGAACGGAUAUCCAGCCACUACAACCAUCAAUGACACUCCCUCAACUCGCCUCUUCACCCCGGACUUUGCACAACUAGGGAAGUUGUCUACCCCGAAUACUCAAGCUCGCCAACCCACAGAAAUGGUGUCAACCGAACACAAAGCGCCCGAUCAGGAGGUGCGCCCUGUAUCUGGCAAUUCUGGUGCGAAGAUCUGCCAAAAUUGUGUUCGUAUCAACACCACAUGCGAUGGCUUGCAACCAUGCACUCCAUGCAAACAAAGACAAUAUGACUGUGUAUAUCAAAUUAACACACCAAAUCGCGAGCAACGACCAUCCUUGAUAGUCAAAUUACAAUUGCCACGUCGAAACAGCGUCAGCUCCAGUAUCGAGCAUCUGGAGAGUCCGAGGUCUGCUUCAGGAUCAGAAAUGGGUUUUGAUGCCAAUCAGAGACCAAAAAUGUACAUGAAGCCAACACAACCCCAGAUAGGCGGCCAUGAUGUUGACAGUCGCUUGCACGUCCGCAACGCUCGCCACGAACGAAACCUAAGCUACGAGCCAGUUACUGCCGACAAAGCACUCGACAAUGACUCGUCAGAGGAAUCAACUCCCUCCCUGGAAAUCGACCUAAGCAUUGAUGCAGUAAGGAAUUUGGUCGAUACAUUGCAAAAAGAUCAACAUGAUUGGCAAGAAAAGUCCGUUCAGGCUGAGUUGAGGCAAGCGACAUUCGAUAUGAAAACUCGACGUCUUCCAGACCUUGACCCAACCAUACCUGAUCCUUUCAAGGUUGCCUUUGAGAAAAGAAGGACCGAGAAUGAGAAAGAACCCCUCGGUACAAUCGAGAUGGGUGGCUUGAGCAAACUUCAAGCUCGGCCAAUACAAAAGAAGACCAUGUUGACCCGGGCUGUUGAGAAGCGCUUCAAGACCGAAGGAACAGUCCUCCCUAAAUAUAAGGCGAUCGGCAGAAUCGCCUCUACCUUUCUUGCACCUAAUUGUCACACUCAGAAAUACCGCCCUUAUGACGCAGAGGAUGAGAUCCAAGAUCCUGAUGCAACAGAAAAGUACCUUGAACUCGAACAGCGCUUCAACAAUAACUAUGACAGUUUGAAAGCGCAGCGAGACUGCCAGGAAUUGAUAUGGCUUUGGAAACCUUGGGCAGAACAAUUGUUUGUAUCAUUACAGAUCAAGCCAGAUCAUGUUCUCUAUUACUUUGUGCAAGACCAUUUCGAGCCAGAACGUCAACUCUUACUACCAUGGUCUAUAGAAUCAGCCAAAGCUUGGAGCUUGGAAUGGACGAAAAGAUGCUCGACUUGCGAGCUUGCAAAUCAUGAAGAGAUGAUCACAGGCUUCAGUAGGAACAAAUUCGACGAGCUAGAAAGGCCUAGUGAUCGAAGUCUUGCUUUUGCCGGCCUGGCUGCUCAUGCAUUCCAUCAAGUGAGCAGAAUAAGCCUUUGGCACAUCGUUGCUGGCGGUGUCAUCCAGCCACCCCACGAUGAAUGGGAGGAUGACGAGAACGGGUCGGAACCUUGCUUGAUCUGUCUCCGUCAUCAUUGCCCGUCCCAUGGCAAUUUUAUAGAGGACCGCGACGACGAUAACGCAGAAGAUCCCAAAGCCUACGUCAAUGAUGAAGAGAAGAAACAGAACGUCAGGCAAUUCAUGUCACUCCCUGCAAGCGACCAAAGUGAGCAUAAACCACAUUUAUGUGGAGUGUUCUGUGUUGAUCCAUCACAAGACCUGCAACAGAUACUAGGCCGGCAGCCUGACGGCACCGUCAGCGGGGACAGCCGGGUAACUGCACAGACUCGAUCAUCUUUCCCAGGCAAUGAAUUUUGUAGCAAUUCUUGUUUCUGGGAAGUGUCUCGUCGACGAAAGAUCAAGAUAUCAGAUGCAACAUUCCAUCCAUUCCUCUCACAGUCACAUAGAGUGUUGGUUGAGAAGGUAAUGCGAUUCUAUCUCAAUCACACUCGAGGGCCAUGUAUCAUCUCUCGCAUUGUCAAGGACGUGACAUGUGAACGGGUCUUUAGCCAUAUGAUUUACUGCAUGGUGCAAAGGCCACAUCCGCCACUGGAAGCAGAUGCUGUGUCGGACAGCAAUUCUGGUCAAAGACAUCCCUAUGCAGUGAAGAAGAAGAGGAAGCCUAUGACGAUAAUGGAUGUAUCUAGGAGUGGAGACCUGGACCAACGUCCUCCAUUUCUCCCAUGCUCACAUGAAGGACCUUGCCACAACGAUCCGAAAUGCACCUGCUACAGGUACAAGGUGCAUUGCGAGCGGUUCUGUGGGUGCGACGAAUCUUGCAAACGACGCUUCAAAGGAUGUAGUUGUGUGGCCCGAGGGAAUAAGGUUUGCUUCAAAGACAACCGUUGUGAGUGCUGGAAAUUGAACAGAGAAUGUGACCCCUCACUUUGUGGGAAAUGCGGUGUAUUUGAAGUAUUGGAUUCGUACAACAAGUACAAUGACGAUAUUCGCAAAGGCAGGUGCAGGAAUAAUCGAAUCCAGCUUGGACUACCGGCCCCAACGACCAAGGCACCGAGUCAAAUCCAAGGGUAUGGUCUCUACAGCAGAACUGAUAUUCCCAAAGAAGACUUUAUUGGGGAAUAUACAGGAGAAGUAAUCAGUAAGUCUGAGGGUAAUAGAAGAGGGGCCAUGUAUCAUGUACUUGGUCAGGAAUACCUCUUCAUAAUCAACAAGGCUCAGGAAAUCGAUGCGUCCAACAACGGCAAUAAAAUGAGGUUCAUGAACAAUUCGCAGAGGGAGGAGCACAUCAAUGUGGAGCCGAAGAUGUUAUGGUGCAGUGGUGUGGUGCGCGUUGGUCUAUUUGCCAAACGUCACAUCGAAGCCGGAGAGGAGCUACUGUACAAUUACAAUUACCCAGAGUCGAAGGUUCAGUAUUUCUGGGAGCCAGGAGAGCGACCAGCAAAUACUCGAGCGAUGGUUCCUCCAUCCCACGAACGCAUUGCAAGAACGAUCACAGCACCGAAUUUGGCUGGGGCGAUUGCGAAGACAAGGGGUGUAGACAGCAGCUCCUCCCCCGUGCCCAUGAGAAACCGAAAGAGAAAGCGAGUGGUGGAUGAGAGCUCAGAGAUUGAUGACCUCCCCGCUGCUGAAGGAGUCCAGAGCGAAAGUGAGGCGUCGCAGAUACUGGAAAUUGAAGACUCGGCAGAUUCUGAGUAUGAGACCAACGGUCGGAUAACAGAAGAGGACGAGAUCGAAGAAGUUUCAGACGAAGUUUCGAGCGAUCAUGGAGUCCCGGUGGCCACCAAAGCUUCGAAAAGAAGGGCAGGGGCUUCAAAAAGCCGUUCUUCUAAGAUUGUAGGAGCAACCAGCAGGCGACUGAAGAAACGAUCGCGGAUCAAUGGAACAGCUACAGCUCGGCGUGCUCGCAGACCGCAGGAUACGCCGGAUGGAGCUAUGUCGUCUUUUGGCCCUGUUCGGACCAAGUCUACUAGUCGCCCAACUCAUACGAAGAACAAAGCAGGCAAAUUAGUGGUUCGUAAGCGGAAGAUCGGCCCAAACGACCGCAGAUUUGGAGGCAAAGCGCAACAGCUGGCGUGGGAGACCAGGAGAUUGAAUGAAGCGUUGGCAAGCCAAAGAGACAAGCAGCGAUGA